AUCAUCUUCGCUCUUGCCUCAAUGGUCAUCCUCGCUCACCUUGCGAUUGGAAAACCAUCGGUAUCAUCCAAUGCUGGCUCUGACGAAUCAUCAGUAGAAACAGUUAACGAUGAGGAACCAUCAUUGUCAUUUACGGGCCAUCAUAAUGAAACAGCAGAGGGAACAACAGGACGUGGGUGUCCAAGAGAUUCAGAAAACUUAACCAAAAAAUGUGGUAAACGGGGUGCCUACUGCGACGUCGACUGCAUAAAAUGUUGCAAAGGUCUUCGUUGUUACGCUGAUUAUCGUAGCCGUAAGAUUUGCCACUAAAGUUAUAAUCUAUUCCUUAUCCGCGCUUAAUACUUAUUAGUAUCUCAAAAUCUCUAUACUGACAUACAUGCAAUGUGCACAUAUAAUGGCAAUGACAUUAAUAAAAAAAUAAUUGGGAGCAUUUAAAA